UAUGGGCCUGACGUAAAUGGUAUACAGAAUCUUGAACGAUUCCUUACUGAAGUAUCGGAAUGCUGUCCGUAGGUUUGCCAGACGCCGUAUGCUGCAGCAGUUAUCUGAUUGAUGUGCGCCUCAGGAGAUAUGCUCGGUGUUAUACUCACCCCCAGAUCUUUUUCCUUGAGUGAGGUUUGCAGUCUUUGGCCAUCUAGACUAUAUUGUGUCUGCGGUCUUCUUUGCCCUUCCCCAAUCUUCAUGACUUUGCAUUUGGCAGGGUUAAACUCAAGGAGCCAGUUGCUGGACCAGGCUUGUAGCCUGUCCAGGUCUCUUUGUAGUCCUGCCUGACCCUCAUCCGAUUUGAUUCUUCUCAUUAACUUCACAUCAUCUGCAAACAAGGACACUUCUGAGUCUAGCCCUUUCGUUAUGUCAUUCACAUAUACCAAAAACAGCACAGGUCCUAGGACUGACCCCUGUGGAACCCCGCUUGUCACAGGCGCCCACUCUGACACCUCGUCACGUACCAUGACUCGUUGUUGCCUCCCUGUCAGGUAUUCUCUGAUCCAUUGCAGUGCCUUUCCUGUUAUGUGUGCCUGAUCCUCUAGCUUUUACAGUAACCUCUUGUGAGGAACUAUGUCGAAGGCCUUCUUGCAGUCCAAAAAAAAUGCAGUCGAUCCACCCCAUCCACUUCUGUCACCUUGUCAUAAAACUCCAGUAGGUUUGUGACACAGGAUUUUCCUUCCCUGAAACCGUGCUGGUUGUCAAUUAUACACUUGUUUCUUUCCAGGUGCUCCACCACUCUCCUCCUGAUGAUCUUCUCCAUGACUUUGCAUACUAUACAUGUUAUUGAUACAGGUCUGUAGUUUAGUGUCUCAUGUCUGUCUCCCUUUUUAAAAACUGGGACUACAUUUGCCAUCUUCCAUACGUCAGGGAGUUGCCCAGUUUCAACGGAUGUAUUGAAGAUCUUUGUUAAUGGCACACACAGCAUCUCUGCUCCCUCUCUAAGGACCCACGGAGAGAUGUUGUCUGGUCCCACAGCCUUUGAGGUGUCAAGUUCACAUAGCUUCUUCACCUCCUCCUUGGUUAUGUGUACCUCAUCCAGCACUUGUUGGUGUACCCCCCUGUUCUGAUUUCCUGGAGUCCUACUGGUUUCCACUGUAAAUACUUCUUUAAAUCUCGUGUUGAGCUCCUCACAUACCUCUCGGUCGUUUCUUGUGAACUCCCCAUCACCCUUCCUCGGUCUGAUUACCUGGUCCUUGACUGUUGUUUUCCUCCUGAUGUGGCUAUAUAACAGCUUUGGGUCAAACUUGACUUUCGAUGCUAUGUCAUUUUCAUAUUGUUGCUGAGCCUCCCUUCUUAUCUGUGCAUAUUUGUUUCUGGCUCUUCGGCUAAUCUCUUUAUUUUCCUGAGUUCUCUGUCUUCUGUACCUUUUCCAUUAAUUUACACCUAGUUUUUGCCUCCCUACACCUUUGGGUGAACCAAGGACUCGUUCUGUUCUUCCCAUUAUUUCUGUUUCCCUUGGGAACAAACCUCUCCUCCGCCUCCUUGCAUUUUGUUGCCACAUAGUCCAUCAUUUCUUGUACUGGUUUCCCUGUCAGUUCCCACUCCCACUGAAUGUCUUGCAGGAAGUUCCUCAUGCCUGAGUAGUUCCCCCUUUUCUAGUUUGGUUUUUCCCAUCCUAUUCCUGCUACUCUCUCUCCACUUGAAGCUCAACUAUGUAGUCAAAUCACAGAACCACAUGAUCACUAGCUCCUAGGGGCCUUUCAUACAUGAUAUCCUCGAUGUCCGAACUACUCAAGGUGAAUACAAGGUCCAGUCUUGCUGGAUCAUUCUCACCUCUCUCUCUGGUAGUGUCUCUAACAUGUUGAUGCAUGAGGUUUUCCAGUACCACAUCCAUCAUCUUGGCUCUCCAUGUUUUGGGACCCCCGUGGGGCUCCAGGUUUUCCCAGUCAAUCUCCUUGUGAUUGAAAUCACCCAUAACCAGUAACUUUGCUUCCCCCAUGUGUGCUCUUCUGGCCAUCUCGACUAGUGUGUCGACCAUUGCUCUGUUGCUCUCAUCGUAUUCUUCUCUUGGCCUCCUGUAGUUCUGUGGUGGGUUGUACAUUACUGCAAUUAUCACCUUAUGUCCCUCAGACUGGAUUGUUCCUACUAAGUAGUCCUUUUUGCCAGUGCCAUCCAUUCCUUCCAUUUUCUCAAAACCCCACUGGUUUUUAAUGAGCAGUGCAACUCCUCCUCCCCCUCUCCUCCCUCUGUCUUUCCUGAGGAUUUGAUAUCCGGGUGGAAAGAUUGCAUCUGUUAUUAUUCUGGUGAGUUUUGUUUCUGUGAGGGCUAUUAUGUCUGGGGAUGUCUCCUUGAUUCUUUCAUGCCACUCCUCACACUUAUUUGUUAUUCCAUCUGCAUUUGUAUACCACGCCUUCAACUUCUUUUCUAAGACUGUGGUCUGGGGGUAUAUUGGGGUUGGGGAAGUGGGAGACCUGAUAAGGAACUAUGGGUGGUUGCUGUGGGGGUGGCAUUUGUAAUGCAGUGAGUGGGGGCAUUGGAUAUGGCAUGGGUGUUUUGGUUUAGAAUGUUUGGUUGCAUUGGGGUUGACCUGGUUGGGAGGCUUCUAUAGGAAGUUGUGAGGGAGGCUGAAUUUGAUCUUCCUGGGUCUGGGAUCUCCAGUCUGUCUCCUCCAUCCCCUCUCUUUCCUCCUUUUGCCUUUGUACCAUCUCUCUCAGUUUCUGCCUUUCUUCUUGUGUUCUGUCGCGGUCGAGAUACACCUUCCUGUAUGCCGGCAUGUCCCUUAAUCUUGCCUUCUCCUGCAGGAUCCUGUUCCAAGUCGAUUCUGCCUUGAAAGUCACUUUCACUGGCUGGGUUCUUCUUCUUGCAAACCCCCCUUUUCUCCGAAAAUUUUACAGCUGGGUUAUGUCAUCUUCUCCUAUUGCUUUUGUGAUGCUUUCAAUUGCUUUUUUUUUCCUUGUUUUCUUGCUUCAUAUGUUUCCCCUUCAACUUCCUGGAGCCCAUACACAAAGACUGACCUCUCCCUUUCAUUCUCCCAGUGUGUAUCCUUGUGUAUCCACUCAUUGAGUUUAAUUUGUGUGUGUGUGUGUGUGUGUGUGUGUGUGUGUGUGUGUGUGUGUGUGUGUGUGUGUGUGCGUGCGUGCGUGCGUGCGUGCUUGUGUGUAUGCAUAUAUUUAUACGCUCGUGUGCAUGUGUCUGUGCGUGCGCCCUCGUGUGUGUAUGUGUGUGCGCACGCGCUCGUGUGGGUGUAUGACCCACUUAAUAUUUGUAUUUAUAACUCAUUACAAUUGUGACCAGGUGUGGACGUAUCAGUGGCUCAUUACUUUGUAAUUUGUCCAUGACUGUAACCAUGUAUAGGAGUGAGGAUGAUUCAUUACCUUUGUAACUUGCCAUGAUUGUGACCAGAUCUACCUGGAGUUCAUUACCUUUGUAACUAGUUCAGCUAUCAUAACUUUGGGGUCCAGUCCCUGGACCCAUUAUGUACCUUUGUAAUCUUUUGACUACCACCCACAGGAUGGGUAUGGGGUGCACAAUAAACAUAUUAAACUAACUAAACAACAUCCAAACUUUUCCUAAUAUGUUCAUUUUUCCCCUAUAAUCUACCUUGUCUGUAAUUACUAUCGUAUUUACUUUGUCUGUUUUCGUAAAGUGAAGUCUAUGGUCUUUCUUUAAUUCAUGGUAUAACUUAACAAAUCUUUGAGGACAAUUGUGUUACAGAGGUCUGAGCUUCGUUCAGACAUGUUUCUUUCGUUCUGCUUGGUGAUCUUGCAUUUUGUAUAGUAUUUCUUGAGUUCUUCAUUCUUACCAUAUCUAAGCAGUUGGAACCUGUCACCACUGAAGGUCAUGGUCCACACUUCAUAUUGGUCAAUACUAUGUGUUGCUCCACAGUACAUGUUGCUUCACACUAAAUGUAGGUAUCCUGUAGUAACCAUUGUGGUCCCUCCUUCUCACACGUCAGGUCUAGCCUGGGAUCCAGCAGUGAUCAUUGUGGUCCCUCUCACACAUCAGGUCUAGCCUAGGAUCCAGCAGUGACCAUUGUGGUCCCUCUCACACAUCAGAUCUAGCCUGCGAUCCAGUAGUGACCAUGAUGGUUCCUCUCACACGUCAGGUCUAGCCUGGGAUCCAGCAGUGACCAUUGUGGUCCCUCUCACACGUCAGGUCUAACCUGGGAUCCAGCAGUGACCAUUGUGGUUCCACACACACGUCAGGUCUAGCCUGGGAUCCAGUAGUGACCACUGUGGUCCCUCUCACACGUCAGGUCUAGCCUGGGAUCCAGCAGUGACCAUUGUGGUCCCUAUCACACGUCAGAUCUAGCCUGGGAUCCAGCAGUGACCAUUGUGGUCCCUCUCACACGUCAGGUCUAGCCUGGGAUCCAGCAGUGACCAUUGUGGUCCCUCUCACACGCCAGGUCUAGCCUAGGAUCCAGCAGUGACCAAUGUGGUCCCUCACACGUCAGGUCGUUGCGUGCGUGCGUGCGUGCGUGCGUGUGUGCGUGUGUGCGUGUGUGUGUGUGUGUGUGUGUGUGUGUGUGUGUGUGUGUGUGUGUGUGUGUGUGUGUGUGUGUGUGUGUGUGUGUGUGGUGUGUGUGUCUCAACAAUCAAUAUUUGCACCAAUAACUCAUUACAGUUGUGACCGGGUGUGGAAGUGUGAAUUGCUCAUUACACUAUAAUUUGUUCAUGAUUGUAGCCAUGUAUAAACGUAAGUAACCAUUCUACAGAAUUCAUUACCUUUGUAACUUGUGAGCUCAUUACCUUUGUACCUAGUUCAGCUAUCAAAACUUUGGGGGCCCAGUCCCUGGACCCAUUACGUACCUCUGUAAUCUGUAAAUACCUUUGUAACUUGUCAUGAUUGUGACCAGACCUACCUGGCGUUCAUUACCUUUGUAAAUUGUGAGUUCAUUACCUUUGUAAAUUGUGAGUUCAUUACCUUUGUAAAUUGUGAGUUCAUUACCUUUGUAAAUUGUGAGUUCAUUACCUCUGUAACUUGCUCAGCUAUCAAAACUUUGGAGUCCAGUCCCUGGACCAAUUAUGUAUCUCUGUAAUCUUUUGACUACCACCCAUAGGAUGGGUAUGGGGUGCAUAAUAAACAUAGUAAACUAACUAACUAACAGGUCUAGCCUGGGAUCCAGUAGUGGCCACUGUGGUCCCUCUCACACGUCAGGUUUAGCCUGGGAUCCAGUAGUGACCAUUGUGGUCACGUCUUGUGCUAAGCUUCCUCAGAGAUUACUGUCACUACACAAGGUGGUGUAGGAGUGAGGACACACGUUAGCGGCGUCUUUACUGUAUUGUCACGCCUUCAGUUUAAUCUUAAGCACAAAGAAACAGCGUUAGACUCAGCUCAUGUGACCUACACAUGCGAGCAUUGCAUGUGACCUCUCUUCAGGGUAUAUAAGAGGAGGUUCUGACUCACCUGUGCUCACACCUUCCCACUCGCUGAGAACUAAGGCUGGUCCUUCUUAAGCUGGUUAUGACGAUGAUGCUGAAGGAAAUAUUUGUGUGUGUAUCAGUGGUGAUGUCAGCUGCUGCUGCCAUGCCUCCACCAGGAGCAGCUUCAGGAGUGCCACCAGCACCAGCAGCAAAGUCAACAGCAGCAGCAAAGUCACCAGCAGCAGUGCCGCCAGCGUCACCCUACACACCGCCCCUCUCAAUGAUUAGUGCCUUCAUCCCCACCGCUAAGGAGAUCGCAGACCUUCAGGCUCUCAACACCACACCUGCCCCAGGAUUGCUGCCCGCUGCACCUGCUCUAGGAGGUCUCCCCGCUGCACCUGCCUUAGGAGGUCUUCCUGCUGCACCUGCUUUAGGAGGUCUUCCCGGUGCACCUGCUCUAGGAAGUCUCCCCGCUGCAGCUGCUCCCUCCUCACUUUUGAUUCCCACCAUGCCUCCUGCAGUUGCAAAGUUGGUUGCAAAAUACCAAGCUGCAGCUGCAGCUUUCUCCCCGACCUUACCUGCGCCAGUUUAGGCUCACUGAAGGUCAAGUAACAUCUUUUGGAGGCACCUCGACGUAUCUUAAGUCACUUGAGAUCAUUUGGAUCCAGCUGGGGUCGUCUGAAGCCAACUGAUGUAUGAAGUUCUCUGAGGCCACCUGUGCCACCAUCUGAGGUUUUGCCGUGGGUCGAGCGCUAGCUGUUGGACCGCUCUGUACUUUAAAUAAUUGGUGUGCCUUAAUACUCCCUCUCCUUUUGGGCUGUCAUAUCUGUUUUUUAUAUAAGUUUGGCUUGAAACUAAACGAGACAUUUUUUAUCUGAAUUUUGACUCUUGGCUCAUAAAUAACAUAUAAAUAAAGACUCUAU